UCGUCCGUUCCGACGUUUGACUUUGUUAGACUCUGCCUGAAUGGAUUCUCUGUUUUAGUUUGUCCGAAACGCGAUCACACGUCAGCAACGGUGAGCUGCACUACAGUAUCAUGUGUGCUGUAAUGCCAAGGUAGCGCUUCCCCCACUCUCGCCGUUGACCAUAGUUUCGGCGCACGUCAUGAAGGCACAGUGGAUUCAACCAUGUCCACCGCAGCAGCUUCGCGCUCUGCGCCGCCAUGGCAUACGACCCAUCACCCCAGCGUCGCAUCGCUUCCUUACCGCCCCGUUCCAGAGACGCCGCUUUAUCAGCCCUCCUUUCUCGACCUCUCCACCCACCCAGAGCUUGACCGCGUCGCGGACGCUGCCAUAUCCUCCGAGGCCUAUCUACUCCGUCAUCGCCGAUGUCGACUCGUACUCGAACUUCCUGCCCUUCUGCGAGAGCAGCACCGUGACGAGUUGGUCUCAGCCAGACAGGGACGGUCGCAAGUGGCCCUCUGAAGCCGAGCUCCUGGUCGGCUGGAAGGGCGUAACCGAGGCCUUUACAAGCAGAAUCUACUGCAUCCCGGGUAGGAUCGUUGAAGCCGUCAGUGGCGCCACCCAGACGACGUUGCCGCGCCACGAAAUAGCCCAUCAUUUUGGCCCAGAGUCGUCUUUUGCUUCGAAAGAGCAAAAGCACGGCGUCCUGUCUCAUCUGCUGACGAGGUGGACGGUCCGACAGGCAAAGCAAGACGCAAGCAGCACCGACGUCAGCCUCGCCAUAGAGUUCCAAUUUUCGAAUCCGAUAUAUAGCGCAAUGAGCGGAGCGGUCGCGGACAAGGUGGCCAGUUAUAUGAUCGAGGCGUUUGAGCAAAGGGUACGUCAUGUGCUCAGACACGGUUCGGACGGAGACCAGAUGAGAAACAUCACCGCCACGGGUUCGUCGAGAUGAUGGCCCUCGCGGAUCAUGCAAGUGGUUUGGCGUAGGGUUGACUUGGACUUUGUAAAAAUAGACAUUCAAGACAUACAUCCUUGCAUGGCAAAAGGCAUGGCGAACGGCGCAGUCAUGUACACACGAUCGUCACCAAUUAAAUAUCAUCGAAAAUAGAGCCUUCGUCAUCAUGCUCACAUAAAUUUCAAUUAGAUUAGAAGUGGCUUGUUAUGUGCCCUUGUUAUCCUUUCGUCAAUCUAGCUGCUGUUUUCCCGG